AACACCUUACAGUCGGCAUCAAACUUACAACGACCGAUCUUAACACUAAAGCAGCGAGGAUCGUUUAUAAAAUAUGAGAAUCUGUGAGGCUGCGGUGGUUCGUUGUUUUACAGCAUGUUAUUACAUUUAUUUUACGAGGACUUGCAACUCGGUACUCUAUAAAAUACUUUACAAGGCUAGAGUAUGACAUACCUUAUGACGAAAUUUUGCUAGAUUUUACACUGCUGAAAUCGUUUGUUAAGGUAAUGGUGAGUGCUGGCACUGAAAUAUGGGUGCAUUAAUCUAACCUUGCUAAAAAAAAGAAAGAAACAGACGUAGUUUAAAGCAUGAUAAAUGCAGAAUAUCACUACUAGUUGAGAUGAAAAUAACCUGUCUUAUUUUUUAAGAGUACAAAAUCAAACAUACGGUUAUCAGCGGACUGAUUUACUCUCUCUGUAUUAGUAAAUAUGAUCACGUGAUUCAUGCAACCAAUCACUGAAGAUGAAGGCAGCAAAAAUACUAUGAUUGUUCAGAGGCAAGGUUUCGGAAACAGAGUAACGUUUUAUAUGAGUUCGAAGGGAUCCAAAUAUGUCGACUAGUUCAGCGCUUAGUAGCUAUUAUGUGGACUCUAUUAUGGGGCACGAGACGGAGGAUGUGUACGGAGCGCGUUAUGCCCAGGGUUCACACACCGCGCCCGCGAGGCCGUCAGGUGUGGUGGAAAAUGCGGACUUUUCUUCGUGCAGUUUCGCUUCCAAGUCAGCCGUGUUCCCUGCGUCCUGGUCCUCGGUUCAUCAACCAUCUGCUGCUGCAGUGUCCGGAAUUUACCAUCCAUACGUUCACCAGACCCAUCUUUCAGACAACAGAUACGUUCGCUCCUGGAUAGAUCCAGUCUCAAACCAUAUCUCUUUAUCGGGGUUCCACUCCAGCAGUCGGCACAGCGGUACAAAGACUGAGAGUUUACCCUCGAAAAGGACUGAAAGCGCUGCGUUUGAGACAGAGACGCCGGUGGUUCCCGAGUAUAGCUGCAACGCUGUAUCCGUAGACAAAACUACUGAAGAAAGAGCUGGAAAUGAUAUUUCGAGUCACGGUGAACCUAAAGACGAAAAACAGCAACAACAACAACUUGACCCAAGCAACCCUGCAGCAAACUGGAUCCAUGCGAGAUCAACAAGAAAGAAACGCUGUCCUUAUACAAAAUAUCAGACUCUGGAACUGGAAAAGGAGUUUCUUUAUAACAUGUAUUUAACGAGGGAUCGUCGCUAUGAAGUUGCACGAAUCCUGAAUUUAACAGAGCGGCAGGUUAAAAUCUGGUUUCAGAACAGAAGAAUGAAAAUGAAGAAGAUGAACCGAGAGAGGAGCAUCAAAGAUCCUUGAAAAGCGUGCUUCAGCUCAGCAGCUAAUGUGCGUCCCUUUAACAUAUGCUUGGAUUGGGAUACAACUUUUUGGGGGGAUUACUCAUGACUGAAUUGGCAUAUCUUCUAUUUUAUAUAUAUAUAUAUAUAUAUAUAUAUAUAUAUAUAUAUAUAUAUUCUGAGUCAAAAUAAUUAUUUGAGUGACUUGAAAUGAAUGGGUAUUUCACAAUAAUUUCUAAAAUAGUUACAUUUGAGGCCUAAAAUCUAUUUCCCAGCACCGUGACAGUAGUUAUUUCAGAAACUGAGAAUUCAGUUUUGUAUUCAGUUUUUGCACAGAAAUCAGCAUCAGUAUUUAUUCUUAUCAUUACUCAUAAAAGUCCUAUCACAAAAAUGUUAUAUAGGAAAUUAGGAUACGGUCCGUGAUCUAAUAGUUCUUAAUCUGCUGAUCUUUAAAUCUUUGUCCAGAAUGCAUGCAAAUCUCUUCACCCUCACUCAGCCACGUGUAAUCAUUUACUGUGCCUUUAAUUUCUUUCUUUUAAAUUGGAUAUCAUGUAUACAAUCUCUUAUUUCCAAUUUCUCCUUUCUAAACUAGUGUAUUUCUCGUUGAAGCUUUUGUUGGCGUGUUAGAUGCAUCAAAAAGGUCUAAAUUAUAUAAGUAAAACGAACUCCUUUUCGGUCUUUUUUAUGACUUUUAUUUUGGUCACAGUGAAGCUUAAUUGUCUUCAGUGCUGUAUAGUGAAUUUGGGUGUAGACAAGCUUUGUUGAAUACUCAACUCGUGCACUUACUGUGAAAAUAUGUUUCUUUUUUUAGACCAAUUUGUACAAAUAAAAUGCAAGUUCGACAGCAAACUGCUUGUACUGAUUUACAUAUCAGCAAUUAGCUUAAUUUUCUUUCAUGCUGAACACAAAAUAGAGAUUCAUUGUUAGGGAAUAUUGCAAAAAACAAAAAAGGUUUAUGAUUAGGAAAAGGUGUUGCAAGGAACCCCAAUUUAUCGUCAAACCUGUACGAAGAAUUGCUUUAGAGCAGGAAGAAACUGGGUCCAAUAAAGCUUUAGAAGAGCUAGACGUCUGGUCUAAAUGAGUUUAUGGUAUAGGACUGUUAAUGCUCUUCUCUUUGAAACUAACCUCACUGGUUCUUUGUGUCUGUUACUUGCACACAAAAACGUAGACACUUUUUUACGGGGCGUCUGGUCGAUGUAUUGAUUGUGAGGCUAAAGCAGCAUCGACCCCCUAUAGUACACUGAAAGUCACGUUUAUUCGCGAAAUGAAUCUCCACUCUACAAACCUUAAAGCUGACAAUCAUUUUGGAUGUUACAACAAAAUGCAACAGGGGUAAUCAACGUAGUCAAUUUCAGUCUUCCAUUCGUUGCAGCAUUCAUUUUAGAUUAUGAAUAGAUAGACGUUAACAUGUAUAUAAAUGCAUUGCAACGUGACUGCAAAAAAGAAACAUGACUGCAUCCAGCAAUUUCAAAGAAUGCGAAAUUAAGCAGGGGUGCACAUUAUUGCCACUAGAGGGCAUAGUUGUUCUUUGAAAAUAAAGGACUGUCCGGGUUCGUGCACACUUACUUACAGGAGCUUAAUCAGACAGUAAAACACGAUAAUUACUUGGAAAAAAAAGUAUCUAGGUUCCAAUUUGCUUCCAGAAAGUUAAUAAUUUGGGACAAACAUAUGCGCUCAGCUCUCCUAGUUUAUGGUUAAGGUUCAUCCGAAGCACUUUACAGGGUCUGUUCUGAAUAGAACUAGCUAUGGGUUGGGAAAAGGACAAGAACAAAGGAAUUUGGAUAGGGAGUUUGUAUCUCGGCAUGGAGUGUGUGCAUAUUUCAGGUCAGUUAUGGCUAAACAGAUAAAACUGUAAGCCUAGAUUAAUAGGCCUAUUUUUGGAUAAAAUUUUCUUUAUGACGGUUUCGGGGUUCCGAGCUCUCUGUCAAAUGUGCCUCUUUUAUUAUAUUAAUAAUGACCAAUAACAAGAGUUCAAAUGUUAGACUACUAAGCGAGGUUACUGCUACUUAUUUCAGUUUAUUUUGACAAAAUGAUUCUUUCCUUUCGAAUGAAAGUACAAUAUAAAUUGAAUCAUCAGGAAGAUAACCAGAACAGAACCAUUUAGACAUGAAAGGUUAAAAUGGAGGUUAUAAUGGUUAUAAAUACCAAAGCAGUUUUAUUUGUUUUAAGCUCUCACGCACGACAAACAUAAAUACUCGGACAGAUAUUUACAGGUUUUUGUGCUGUUAUAGCGUGUAAAUAAUAGGCCCAAAUAGCUACUAUUCACGCAUCUGUUACAAAACUACUAAAAUCUUAAUCUAGUUUUAAAUAUGUAUUGGUUUAUUGUUAUAUCUUAAAAUUUAGCUACAUGUUGAAUUAAUGUAGGCUAUUGUUUUCUAUAAAAGCUUAAUGUCGAUACUUCAUGUUUCAACAAAUCAAUAAUGCAAUCUUCUGAUAUUUACUUUAUUAUUAUUAUUAUUAUUAUUAUUAUUAUUAUUAGCAGCAGCAGCAGGAGUAAAUUAAUAAAUGCAAAUGUAAUGUAAAGACAUACGCCGAGCACAGACUUUCGCAGACCCCAAACUGAAGAGCAAAACAUACACUUAAUCUAAUUUUCCUUUCCUUCCUCUCCCUCCCUGUCUGUCAUGUGAGCUAUAACUAAAAGCAAGCGUGUUUUGGGGCAUGCAGAAGCACCCUGACCCCUGGGUUUGGCUCUGGGCCUGUUCACCAAACAGGCUACACCAUUCAAUAACAGCAGCUCUCAAUCAUAUCUGAUUUCACUGGCAUUAAUAAGUAACGAUCUGACACCAUCAGUUCUCACUUUGUUGACCCUUCACAUAACACACUGGGCGAAGUAUUUUCUCCUGCGGAUCAACAUUUCCACGAGAUGCUGAACGGUAGGCGUGUGAUGGCGUUUGGCGACGACCAGCACUGAUGCAAUAAUUUUAUCUGCUUGGGAAAUAUCUGCGACACAGAGCGCCAGUUAUCGGUCGAAUCCUGGUGGAAUUACGUGUCACUGCGACCGCUCUAAAUUUUACGCACACGAUAACUUUCGAAGACAGCGGGUCUUUACGACACCGCGAGAGGCCGGGUCGCUACAAUACCGAGCCUGUAAAUCGUCCGGUAGUAAUACUGGCUCGGAACCAGCGUACCUAAAUCAGUGCUCGCCUCCGUCUCAGAUGUUCCCUUGGAUGAAACUUCAAGGUUGUCAGCCAUAAAAAUCUGUUUUCAGAUUACUGUAACUUCCCUUUGAUUAUAAAGGCGUUUCCUUUCAAAAGCCCCACCACCGCCAGCUCUCCAUACCUCCUCAUUAGGCCAUUCUAUGCAAACCUGGAGUAAAAUGAUACGGUAGUGAAAGAGAUAUGGGUUACACUUUAUUUUACAGUACGUGUACUUACAUUGUACUUACCCAAGAAAGUACUGGUAAUAUAAGGUGGGUAUAGUUCACGUUUAGUAACCACACUCUAAAAAUGCUAGGUUGUUUCAACCGUUGGGUUUAAAAUGUAAUUAAAAAAUUUGCAACCAACGGUUGAGUUUUUCCACGACAUGCGGAACAGAACUGUAAAAUAAAGUGCUAUCAAGAUGUCAUUAGAAAAGGGAUUAUACCAUAUACACUGAAUACAUUUUAUAUUUUUAUUUUUUUAUUUUUUUUUUAAAUUCCUGAAUUAAAAAAAUAAACGUUUCUGAAAGAGA